CCUUUGCAGAACCGGCCAGGCACACUAUAAAUUCAUCCUACCCUUCAUGUGAACUGCAGAAACCUUGGAGACACCCAGAGCAGCAGUGUUUCUCCCUGCACAAAACAAGCUUCAGGACAAUGGAUAUAUUGAAUAAAGCAAACACAAGCUUUGCUCUUGACUUUUUCAAACAACAAUGUCAGGAAGAUGGUAAUAAGAAUAUUUUGUUCUCUCCUUGGAGUAUUUCAUCUGCCCUGGCUACUGUUUAUUUGGGAGCCAAAGGUAACACUGCAGAUCAGAUGGCAAAGGUACUUCACUUUAACAAAGCUGAAGGAGCCAAAAAUGUCACCACAACCAUAAGGAUGCAAGUCUAUUCCAGAACAGAACAAAGUCUGUCAAAUCAACAUGCUUGUUUCCAGAAGACAGAGAUUGGCAAAGCAGAUAACAUCCACACUGGAUUUAAAGCCCUCAGCUUUGAAAUCAACCAACCCACUAAAAAUUACCUACUUAAAAGUGUCAACCAGUUAUAUGGAGAAAAAUCAUUGCCUUUCAGUAAGGAAUACUUAUUGUUAGCCAAGAGAUAUUACGGUGCAGAGCCGCAAUCGGUUGACUUUGUGGGAGCAGCAGAUGCAAUCAGGAGAGAGAUCAAUUCCAGUGUUGAGAAACAGACUGAAGGUAAAAUCCAAAAUCUGCUGCCUUCUGGAUCUGUAGAUUCACUCACCAGGCUAGUCCUGAUAAAUGCACUCUACUUCAAAGGAAACUGGGCAACAAAGUUUGAAGCUGAAGCUACCAGGCAAAGACCUUUCAGAAUAAACAUGCAUACAACUAAACCAGUGCCCAUGAUGUACCUGAGGGACAAAUUUAACUUAAACUACGUAGAAUCAGUUCAGGCUGAUGUUCUUGAGCUUCCAUACGUCAACAACGACCUCAGCAUGUUUAUCCUGCUACCGAGUGACAUCUCUGGAUUACAAAAGCUAGAAAGAGAAUUGACUUUUGAAAACCUGUCUGCAUGGACGAAUCCAGAACUAAUGGAGAAAAUUAACACGGAAGUUUAUCUGCCCAGGUUCACGUUGGAAGAGAAAUAUGACCUCAAAUCUACUUUGAGCAGGAUGGGGAUACAAGAUGCCUUCACAGAAGGUCAAGCUGAUUUCACAGCAAUGUCCAAGACUGGUGAUCUGUUUUUGUCACAAGUUUUUCACAAGUGUUACCUGGAAGUCAAUGAGGAAGGCACAGAGGCAGCAGCCGCCAGCUCGGCAACACUGGCAUCACGAAGUCUUGGUGCUACUGUUCUCUUUUUGGCAGAUCACCCUUUCCUCUUCUUUAUCAGGCACAACAAGACCAAGACUAUCCUCUUCUUGGGAAGGUUUUCUUCUCCCUAGGAACUUGAUUAGUAAACAGGUUAUUGCAACAACAAAAAUACACACCACAAGGAACAUCUCAAUGUGCACUUCUUAAUUUUCCUGCACUGUUGACAAAUCUCUCAAUGUUAGAAGAGAGUAUUUAUAAAAAAUAACCUCAAAUUUAUGCCUCUGGCUCUUUUUCUUAGCCAAAGAACCCCAAAAUGCUAGAACUACACCCUAAGCACCAAACUGUACAAAGAGCAUUACUGUGUCUUUUUGGCACUUCCUGAACUAGAACUUCCACAAUUCAGAACAGAAUGAGCUGAGCUCAACCAGUAAUUUUAAAGUUUUGAUAUCAAAGAAGAAAAAAACCCCAGGAAAAUCUCCUUGUUUUAGCAUGCUGCUGCAUCUCCAUUGGUUUCAGCUCAUGCUGAUCCCUAAGGCAUGCUACUCACCUGCAUUCUUGUCAAUUUUUUACCAACUUUGCGGCCUGGCAGAACUGGCAAUGAAAUAAACCUGCAAAAUCUUUGUUCCAGA